GAGAUUUGCUUUGCUAGUUCUUCAAAACGACACGCAUGGUCCCACUCAUUACAAAACCAAACCCCAUUAUGCAAAAGCUCCCUUCUUUUGCCCAAACUCUCGCUUUCGCUUUUUACACACAACAAAAACGAAACUUUAAUUUUUCCUAUUUAACCCAAAACCAUUACACAUUUCUAACUUUCCCUUCAUUAUCAUUGAUCACAUAACCCAUGUCAAAUCUACUUCCUCUACCUCCUCCACCGCAGUCGCACCCGCCGGAAACGCCGCCAUGGGACACGCCGUCGUCUAUGUGGUAUACUCCAAGAACUACGCCAUGGAGAACACCACGGAGCACGCAGUCCACACCACUUAACCAAAUGGUUUCAACUAAAUCACCGGCGGUUAAAUUCAACGGUCUUGAUCCAGAGCCGAGGAAAGAUACGGUGAUUCUCAGGCAGCCACGAAGAAGCAGGACCAAUCUGUUGAUAUGGUGUGUCGCUGGUUUAUGUUUUGUGUUCAGCCUUUUGCUUAUCUUCUUUGGGAUCGCUACUUUGAUUGUGUUUCUUGCGGUUAGACCAAGAGCCCCUGUUUUUGACAUCCCAAACGCAAACCUACACACAAUCUACUUUGACUCACUGGUGUAUUUCAACGGCGAUUUGUCGAUGCUGGUGAAUUUUACAAACCCUAAUAAGAAGAUAGGAGUGAAGUUUGAACAGCUCAAGAUAGAGCUUUUUUUCUUCAACAGAUCGAUUGCGAUGCAAGGGGUCCAGCCAUUCUCGCAGAGAAGACGCGAGACGAGAUUGGAACCAAUCCGUUUGAUCUCGAGCUUAGUCUACUUGCCUCUAAACUACGCGGUGGAGCUCAAGAGACAGAUGCAGAACAACAAAAUAGAAUAUGAGAUUAUAAGUUCCUUCAAAGUCAGAGUUCAUUUUGGGAUGAUUCAUUACUCUUACCAGCUGCACGCGAGGUGCCAUCUUCAGAUGACCGGUCCGCCAAUUGGAAUCCUAGUUUCUCGUAACUGCACGACAAAGAGACGAUGAAGAAGACGAAUCGGUUCUCGGAGUCAUCUUCAAAGUCUCUAGCUUUGGCAUGUUCGUCAAGUAUAUAUAGAUCUCGUUUUGCUUACCUACAAAAUGUUUAAAAGAACAAGACCAAGUGAACUCUAUCUUAGAACAGAGAACGAAGUUUGUACUGUUUCCAAGAUCAAGAAAUUGGAAAGAUCUUAUCUUUCUAGGCAACAUAUUUACAAUUAAACCAGUAGACACAGUUCCAAGCACAGUGGUGAAUUUUUGUACUGUUGAACAUACCUGAACCACCAGA